CUAUGUCUGCCAUUGUAAAAUGGACCCAGAUCGAGGGUGCUGAUUAAAAUUUAACUAUUUAUUCUUCUUUUACUCCAUAGUUUCUUAAAAUAACGCUUCAAGAUGAGUGUCUUCAAAUCAGCCAUGGGUUACUUUAGUUCUGGCGGUGCCAACGGUAGCAAUGAUAAUGACUUUGUGGGUCAAUUUGUUGAGAUUGGAAACAUGAAAUUGAGAGUAAAAAAGGUGAUUGCAGAGGGUGGCUUCGCAUUUGUGUUUGUUGCACAAGAUGUGUCUACUGGCACAGAAUACGCUCUAAAGAGGCUAAUGGCAGCUGAUGAGACGGCAAACAAAAAUAUAAUUCAAGAAAUUAGCAUUUUGAAAAAACUGUCUGGUCACCCUAAUGUAAUUAAGUAUAUAGCUGCCUCUUUUAUUGAUAAAUCAAAGACUUCUCAUGGCAUGGGGGAGUAUUUGCUACUGACUGACCUCUGUAGCGGGGGUAGCUUGAUGGAGGCCCUACAGAAUAGGGGCCAAGCGUUUCCCCUGCCAACGAUCCUGAGGGUGUUCUACCAGACAUGCAGAUCAGUUCAGCAUAUGCAUGCACAAGUCCCCCCGAUAGCUCACCGUGAUCUCAAACUAGAGAAUUUCCUAAUAUCUAAUGAAGGUACAAUAAAGCUAUGUGAUUUUGGUUCUGCUACUACUGAUGUGUACGCCCCCAACCCCUCUUGGAGUGCAAAUCAAAGAAACAUGUUAGAAGAAAAUCUGGCUCAAUUCACAACGCCUAUGUAUAGAGCUCCCGAGAUGCUGGAUACUUGGGAUAACCGAAAAAUAGACCAUUCCGUUGAUGUAUGGGCCUUAGGAUGCAUCCUAUACACUCUUUGUUUUAUGCAGCAUCCAUUCGAGGACUCUGCUAAACUAGCCAUACUUAAUGGCAAUUAUAAUCUAAACCCCAACGAUCAACGCUAUAAAUGCUUUCAUGAAAUCAUAAGUGGAUGUCUGACUGUGAACCCGGAGGAACGCUUGACAAUAAACAAUGUGCUGGAGCGGUUGGCGGCCAUAGCGGAGUCCAACAACGUCAAUCUCAAGCAACCACUCAAAUUUGAGCGUAAAAAAGUUGAACAAUCUGUGGCCACUAGCUCGCCAGCCAGCAAAGAUCCUGUCUCCACAAGCCAGGAGAUUCCGAACUCUCGGCCUCCCGAGCCGAGUCGGCCUCCGCCCCCCGCGCGCCCGCCCCCUGUUCCGCAGUACAACCCGCCCCCUCCUGUCCAAGGGAGCUCAGGGGGGCUAUUCUCGUCCAUCAAAGGGGGCGCUGGUAGCUUCCUGAAAAACUUGAAAGACACCUCCUCGAAGGUUAUGCAGACUGUUCAACAGUCAAUAGCUAGGACAGACUUGGACAUAACAUACAUUACUAGUCGAAUUAUUAUAAUGCCGUACCCAUCUGAAGGUUUGGAAAGCGCUUACAAGACUAAUCACAUCGAUGAUGUAAAGGCAUACCUAGAAAGCCGUCACCCAGGCGGCAAGUACUGCGUUUACAACGCGUGUCGCGGCGCGCGUCUCCAUUUCCCACGUCACGUGCUCGUGACGGACGCGUGUCGUGCGCUGUGGCCCACUCCUGCGCAUCGCGCACCUUUGUUGGCCCAGUUCUAUGCGCUGCUGCAGCAUAUGUACCAGUAUUUGGGGAAGGACGACAAAAGCGCCGUGGUUAUUACCUGCCAGGACGGCAAGUCCAUGUCCUGCAUACUUCUCUGCGGACUGCUCCUAUAUUCCAAACUAGUGACGGUGCCCGAGGACGCGCUGCAAAUAUUCGCCGUGAAGCGAGCACCAAUCAAUAUCGCGCCGAGCCAGCUCAGAUAUCUUUAUUACCUCUCCAAUAUUAUCAGGCAAGAGCCGAAGCUCCCACAUUUCCGGCCUGUGACGCUGGUAUCUCUUACAAUCCACCCAGUGCCAUUAUUCACAAAGGCGAGAGACGGAUGCAGACCGUACGUAGAAAUCUACAACGAAGAUAGACUUUUACUGUCCACCAUGCAAGACUACGAAAGGCUGCACACAUACACAAUGGCUGAAGGAAAGGUGACUCUGCCACUAGACACGACGGUGGUAGGCGACGUGGCGAUCUGCGUGUACCACGCGCGACAACAGCUAGGCCGAGCUCACGCCGUGGCCAUGCUCGAGCUACACUUCCAUACUGGCUUCCUGGAGCCCACGCAGCACGCCAUCAAGUUCCAACGGUCAGUGUCGCUUCUAGGCCGAGCUCACGCCGUGGCCAUGCUCGAGCUACACUUCCACACCGGCUUCCUGGAGCCCACGCAGCACGCCGUCAAGUUCCAACGGUCAGUGUCGCUUGUAGUGGUUGCUAGGGCGACCACCAUGUUCCUAGGUGUGUACCACGCGCGACAACAGCUAGGCCGAGCUCACGCCGUGGCCAUGCUCGAGCUACACUUCCACACCGGCUUCCUGGAGCCCACGCAGCACGCCGUCAAGUUCCAACGAUCCGAGAUCGACGGCAUAGACGAGACGCUGCCAGUCAACGACCACUUCUCGGCCAAUACAUCGGCGAUCAUCAGCUUGGUGGUACAAAAUGGAGAGCGACGCAAGCCUCGUACAGACCUUUGGGAAGAUGACCACUCCUACCCGAUUCGCACGUCAGAUGUACUGUUCUCGACUGAUCUGGAGAAAUACGAGACUAUUGAUAACUUCGCUAAUAUGCGCGGCCAGGGCGCCAUUUACGUGAACAAAAUGACAGCGGAAAGCUCGCCGCCCAAAGAAGCCGAGAAGCAGCCUCCAGCCCGACCGGCUCCUCCCUCCCAACCACCUCACAGGCCGCCGCCCCCCGUCCCUACCCCAGCCCCCGCUGACACCGCAGACUUCCUAAACCUGAACACGCAGCAACCUCAGCCAGAGAAGACGGAGAAGAAACUACCUAGUCAGGACUCAUUCGACUUCUUUGGGAUGAUGGAGAAGAAAGUAGAUGAAUUUGGGGAUUUUUUGAGUGGAAAAGGCGGCGGGGAUACCGCUCCGCAGCCUUUCCCAACGGAGUCCAUAUUCGGCGACCUCCCGGCUCCUCCGACUGAGGCAAGCGAGAGGCCCACCGUGAACUCCAGCGACCCUCUCAACUUCGAUCCUUUCGGCCUCAACGACCCUCUGCCCAAGCAAGAGCCGCUGCUAACGCCACAACAAAUCAAGGACGAAGGGCGACCACAUAGUGUGCCGCUAGAACAAGCGCAGCCAGCCAAGAAGGACCCCUUUGCCGACCUGGGUGUACUAGGCGCGGCGCCACCGGUGGCUCCCGGCUCCGUGUCCAUGGGCGCCUCGCCCGCCCAUACUCCCGCGCACCAGCCCGACUACAGGUCAGUCGCCUGUACUGUAGCGACUGUAACUAGAGCGCAGGGCUGCUGUAGUGUGAUCUAG